UAUCGUCACCAUUUCGAACUUUCAAGUGUCUACUUUUAACAAAAAAUAAUAACAAUUUUGUUUAUAUAAUAUAACUAUUUUAGUUUAUUUAUGGUUCGUAAUAAAAUAUAGGUAAAGAAUAUAAACUGAAACUGGUUCAGUUUACAAAGAAAUAUCUACGGAAAAAACACUUAAUUUGAGGUUAGAAAUGCAUAAGAUUCUGGAGUUUCAAGCUGUUGUUUUAGCAGCAGGAAGAGGUUCUCGCAUGCCUGAUGUUGGUGGGACGGUUUCAAAAUGCCUCCUUCCUAUCGGCCCUUAUCCAUUACUAUGGUAUUCAUUGAAUUUACUUGAAAGAGUUGGAUUUCAAGAAACUAUGGUAUUGGUACUUGAUGAAGAUAAGUCCAGUAUUUUAGGUGCUUUAGAAAAAUGCCCGUUGAAAAUCAAAUAUGAACUCAUAGUGAUACCUGCGGAUGAAGAUUGGGGUACUGCUAACUCAUUAAAACACAUCAGCAGCAGAGUGACCACAGACUUGGUUGUUAUUUCUGGUGAUUUAAUAACUAAUGUCAAUCUAAAUGAUGUCUUGAACCUUUACAGGAAACAUGACAGUGUUCUUGCAUCAUUAUUCUUCAAUAAUGGACCUGAAGAAUGGAUUGAGUUGCCAGGAAUUAAAACAAAAGCUAAACCAGAUAGAGACCUUGUCUGUAUAGAUAAAGAAACAGAAAGAUUAUGCUUUUUAGCGAGUGCGAGUGAUUUUGAAGAGAAUGUUUCCAUUCCUAGAUUACUUCUAAAGAAGUUUAGCUCUAUAAGCAUGUACAGUAGAUUAUUGGAUGCUCAUGUGUAUGUUAUGAAAAAGUGGGUUAUAAACUACCUUGUUGAUAUGGAUAAGUUUACAUCAUUGAAAGGGGAGCUGAUACCACACAUUGUGAAGAAACAAUUAUCAAAGCCUAAAAACCCUCUAGAAAAAAAGGGGACAUCGGAAAAACAGGUGGAAUUGAACAAAGAUAUAUUUGAUUAUGCUCUGGACUAUGGUUAUGAAAAUAAAAUAAGGCAGAUGUCAGCAUACAAUGAUCAUAAACUCGGUAGCAAAGGUGUUUAUUACAAUGAUGCAAUAAAGUGUUAUGCUCAUAUUCCUGACAAGAGUACUUUUGGGAUGCGAGUCAAUACUUUAUCAGCUUUUUAUCUAUCUAAUAGCAAGAUACUAUCAAGAUGGGAAGAAAUAACUGGUUCGCCGCUCACUGACAGAAUACAUCCAAAUAGUGAUGUAAAGACCAAGCAGAUUGAUGAAACAAGUACUGUCGGUGAAAAAAGUUUCAUCAGUGAAAAAACAUCAAUUAAAUGUACCUUCAUUGGAUCUAAUUGUACAAUAGAGAAUAAAGUCAGAUUAACUAACUGUAUAUUAAUGAAUAAUGUAACUAUUAAAGAAGGGAGCGUACUUCAGGACUGCGUUGUAUACACAGGAGCAACGAUUGACACAAACUGUGCGAUGCAAUAUUGCAUUAUCGGCCCCCACCAUGUCUUACCUUCAGCUGUCAAAGGAAACCACCAGCUGUAUGCAGAAACAACUGAUAAUAUGAUAACACUUGGAUAAUUUAUAAUAAAUGAUACUUAAUA